AUGUCUUUUCGCCGGCCCAACUUCGAGCUUCUUCACCCGCUCGCUGCCACCAAGAAUGACAACAUAAGAACUUUCCCCGAGCUGCUCGCCUUCAAUGCUAAGCAUAACGGAUCCUCUCUCUUUUGUCUUCAAGGCGUCAAAGAUUCUAGCGAGCCACCAGUCCCAGUUACUUUCGAACAGUUGCAGAAAGCAGUCGAUCGCUGCAAGGCAUGGCUCACUUCUAACGUCGCCGGAAUUGAACUUCCCAAGGUCGACGCAGAUGGGAGGGUUACAAAAUCCCCCGCAGUUGGGAUACUGAUGGGCAGUGAUGUGGGGAUUAUUAUCUACAUGAUGGCGCUUUUGGCGCUUGGCGUACCUGUUGUUCUUCUUUCGGCACGGCUUACACCAGUCGCGAUUGCGCAUCUCUUGAAAGCCACAUCGGCAGGAGCCGUACUAGUCUCAGCCCGCUGCACACGUGCGGCAACCGAUGCACUGUCAUCCUAUGAUGAAGGUGAAAAGCCACCCACAGUCUAUGAACCCAUCUCGUAUGAACGUUAUCUCGAUGACUCCGAUCCAAUCGGAUGGGCUUCGCUGGAGGUACCCUCAACCUACAACGUCGUCGAUGAGAUGGAUCGUAAUGUAGUCAUUAUGCAUUCCUCCGGCACCACCGGCUUGCCGAAACCAAUUUAUCACCCGCACAAAUAUCUUUUGGGAUAUGCAAACAACCAUUUGUUUGGCCCUGAAGAAAAGGUGGACGGUGUCAGUUGCUCUACACUUCCACUCUUCCAUGGCUUUGGCCUUCUCGCAAUAUCACUCUCAUUAUCGAUUGGCAAGCCCUUCUGCAUCCCUGCAGCUUCUGUAAUUCCAACAGCAACGUCUACUCUUGCCCUGAUACGCAGCUGUAAUGCCCGUUCCCUUAUGUCUGUUCCCUCCAUUCUUGAGGACAUCGAGAAGCUACCCAACAACGAAGGCCUAGAUGUCCUGAAACAACUAGAUUAUGUGGUUGUUGGUGGAGGACCGAUCAAGUCCGGUAAUGCAGAGGCACUUGUUGCAGCAGGUGUAAAGCUUUUGAAUCAUAUGGGGUGUACCGAAAUCGGUGCAAUUGCUCCCAUAUUCAUUCCCGGUCCAGACUACGACUGGCAUUAUAUCCAGCUCCGUAAAGACAUCGGUCUGCGGGUAGAACCGGCUGAAGAUGGCCUCUUCAAGCUCAUAGGUUACCCGUUCGGAUGGGGUGUUGAGUUUCCAGUAUCCGACUUGCUUCAAUGCAACCCCCUCCAACCGGAAACACAGUUCAGGGUCCUUGGUCGUGCAGAUGACUUACUUGUUCUUGCAACUGGAGAGAAGAUUCUGCCAAGGAUGAUGGAAUCGACUGUUUCGAAUGAUAGUAAGGUGAAGGAUGCAAUCGCUUUCGGAGAUGGGAGAUUCAACAUUGGAUUGAUCGUUGAGGCCAAUAUCGAAAUUGAUCCAACAGAUGAAGCUCAAGUCAAAUCAUACAUUGACUCCAUCUGGCCUUCUGUCGAGGCCGGAAAUGAGUUCACCGAUGCACAUGGCAAGAUCACCUCCAAGAGCAUGAUAGUUGUGACAGCUCCAUCUUACAAACCACUUGCUCGAACCGACAAGGGUAGUUUGAUCCGGAAAACCAUUGUGAAAGACUUCACAGACAAGAUCGAGGAAGCGUACAAGAAGUCCGAGCACGAGGGGAUUGAAGCUAUGCCUCCUGCAGGGCAGACCGAAGAUAUUAGAACAUGGUUGAGAAACAUGGUGGAGAGAGGCUUGGGUCUCGGGAGUGACGGCGGGUGGGCCGACCAAGACGACUUUUUUGAACUCGGCAUGGAUUCUCUCCAAGCAACAGUCCUUAGGCGCAAAAUAGUCGCGGGAAUGAACAAGUCCGGAGGUGAUGGGGACAGCCUCCAACCAGAUCUAAUUUUCGCCUAUCCGACUAUUGAAAAGAUGGUUGGUAUUCUAGCCGGGAAAGCUGUCGUGGCGGUUGACCGAGAGGACCGUGUGAAAAACAUGGCACAAAAAUACAUCAACAUUGUUAACUCGCUCGACUCAAACUCUGGUGCAGUUGUACUCAUCACUGGAUCUACCGGUAGUCUUGGUGCCUUCCUUCUAGCCCAGCUUUCGGGUCUUCCUAAUGUUUCAAAGGUAAUUUGCCUCAACCGCCGCACCGGUGCUGCAAUCCGCGAUUUCAGCCUACGACAACAGAAAGCCCUCGAAAGAGGUGGGAUUGAGAUUCCAAAAUCCCAUUGGGAGAAGAUAACUGUUCAUGAAGUCGAUCUCAAGUCCGCACAGUUUGGCCUUUCUUCUGCAGAUUACAACUCUCUAAAGAGUGUCACACAUAUCAUUCAUAAUGCAUGGCCAAUGGAUUUCAAUCGCUCUCUCGAGUCCUUUGAACCCCAUUUCCAAGGAACUAAAAACAUCAUUGAGCUUGCACUUGCGGCAAACACACUGAGGCCGGAAAAUGUUCCACGAAUUCUUUUCACAUCCUCUGUGGCUGUUGUGGGACGAUAUCCUUCUCUCAACGGAACACCUCUGAUUCCCGAAAUUCCUAUGCCUGACCCAAGCGUAACAGACCAUUUCGGUUAUCCCGAAGCAAAAUGGGUGUGCGAACAGAUGCUCGAGGAAGCAGGCCGUACCUAUGCCGGACGAGUCGAGACCAUAAUCACCCGUGUUGGCCAGCUUACAGGAUCGGAGAGCAGUGGUGCUUGGAGUCCCAAAGAGCAUUUCCCAUCGAUUCUCAAAUCUUCACAGACAAUUGGUAGUCUUCCAGCUGUCCAAGGAACACUGUCUUGGAUCCCAGUAGACCGGGCAGCUAAAGUUGUUAUCGAGCUCCUUCUUCAGCCCACCAAGCCUGCCCCUGUUUAUCACCUUGAGAAUCCCAUGCGUCAACCUUGGAUGGACAUCUUGACUUUGCUUUCUCGAGCCCUCGAUCUCAAAUCCUCGGAGGAGGGCAAGCCUGCAGUGAUCCCCUUCGAUCAAUGGCUUGACAAGGUCCGCUCAAUCGACGACUAUGAGAAAAAUCCUGCUGGCAAUGUUGUGAAAUUCUUAGAAGAGGAAUUUACAUCAAUGGCCAGUGGAGCAGUAAUUUUGGAUACCCAAAAGGCGCGGGGUGCAUCGGAUACCUUGGCAAAUUCAGGUGGUAUUGAAAAGAAGCAUAUCGACUUGUACGUCAACUAUUGGAGAAGUAUCGGUCAUUUGGGGUAG